GCCGGGGGCCGCAGUAUAUCCGUAUGGGCCCUUGUCGGCAGCCUCACAACUUGUUGCCUUGGCUGCUGCCUUGCUGUAAAUUGCGGGUCAUUAAGGCAUUCACCACCGUUCCUCGACUCCUCGUACCAGAACAUCGGAAUAUCGGAAGAAAUCGGACGGGUGUUUUGGGAGGGCGAGGAAAACCGGGGCGGUGAGGACAAACCCAGCGGCGGCCGCGGCCGCGGGCGCCUAAACCGCAGCGUGGCACGGAGACGGACGCGGCCGCCGCAGCUCACCGCAGGCCUCUCCCUCCGUUUUAAAGCAGGCGGGCAGGCUGCUCUCCUCUCUGUUCCUCAACGACAGCAGAGCAGCACCGAGUCUUCUUCAACCCAUUCUCGCUCCCCAACGAAUUCGGUCAGAGAUCUUCGUGCUUGGCCCUCCUGUCCUGCACAUGGCAUCCGCCGCUGCCCCCGCCGACGCCGCCGCCGGAGCCGGGCGCCGCCGCAUCGUGGUGGCCGUGGACGAGGGCGAGGAGAGCGCGCACGCGCUCGCCUGGUGCCUCGCCAACGUCGUCUCCCCGGCGGGCGGCGACACGCUCGUGCUCGUGCACGCGCGCCGCCCGCCCCCCGUCUACGCCGCCAUGGACAGCGCAGGGUACAUGCUGACCUCGGACGUGCUUGCGAGCGUGGAGCGGCACGCCAGCGCCGUCUCGGCGGCGGCCGUCGACAAGGCCAGGCGCCUCUGCGCCGGGCACCCGCACGUGGCGGUGGAGACGCUGGUGGAGAGCGGGGACCCGCGGGAUGUGAUCUGCGACGCCGCCGACAAGGUGGGCGCCGACCUGCUCGUCAUGGGCAGCCAUGGGUACGGCUUCAUCCAGAGGGCGUUCCUGGGCAGCGUCAGCAACCACUGCGCGCAGAACUGCAAAUGCCCGGUCCUCAUCGUCAAGAGGCCCAAGGAGUAGAACGGUCCUUGCAAAUGCUGCAUCUUGCCAGCCUGUAGCAUCAUAUAUGUAAAUAUUUUUUUUUAACGUCCGAUGGCACUGGUUUCUUGUUCGAGAACAUGAUCAGAGCAUUGCAGUUUUUUUUUGCUGGAAUAAGAGAUUCAGACAGAGUAUUUCGCCAACUACUGUACUGCAUAUUCUGUUCUCUGAAUCUGAGAGCAAAGUGGUUGGUAGUCUUUGCCAAACCAUGUA